GAGCGCGGUUCCUGAUCACUGAACACGGCUCUACUCUACAGGAGCUCACAGGGAUGUCUACGGCGGCAGAAGUGGGCUUCAGUCUAGCGCGCACUGAAGCGGGGGGCUCUGUUAGCCUAACCAGUUUAGUUCGGAUGAGCGGAAAAAAUCCUAAUAAGCCAAAAACAAACAAACAAGCAUGAGCUCCUAUUUCGUUCAUUCUCUCCUCACCAAAUUCAAAAGCACCGAGUCUCUUCGUUCCGGCUAUUACGAGUGUUCGGGCUACGCGGGGGAUUUCGGGGGGCGCUCGGCUGUGCUGUACGGACACAGCGCUGGACCUGCUGCCCCACACGAAGCCCAGCUGCAGGACUUUUACCCCCACGGAGCUGCACCCUUCCCUCACGCGCACGCCUCUUACACGCACAGCGCAGGGCCGUACGCAGAGCCCAUCGGAGACCCCCUGGGGAAGGACACCGCGCACGGGCAGACCCUGUACUCUCUCCAGGACCCGGAUUUAAGCCAGCAGUUCGGGGACUGCAGUCUGAAAGCGAGCUGUGCGAGUGAUGGUCUGGAGAGCGCAUCAGCCUGUCCAGCCCAGAUGUACCCCUGGAUGAGACCCCAAGGUGGCGGGCGGAGGCGGGGCAGGCAGACGUACAGCCGCUUCCAGACGCUGGAGCUGGAGAAGGAGUUUCUGUACCGGCCCUACCUGAGCCGCAGGAGGCGCGCGGAGGUGGCGCGUGCGCUCGCGCUCACAGAGAGGCAGGUGAAGAUCUGGUUUCAGAACAGGAGGAUGAAGUGGAAGAAGGAGAACAACAGAGACAAAUUCCCCUGCAGCAGAGAGGAGCAAGAGGAGGUUGAGAGGCAGUGGCGGGAGCGCGCACAGGACAAGGGAACGUGCACAGCGGCCGAGGGGGUAACAUCCCCCUGAGAAAAAGACAAGUUAGCUUCAAGAUCUACUCUGGAGUAGACUGGACACUCAGUGGUCAACUGACAAAGAAUAAUAAUGAAAUAAUGGUGUGGUCAAGGCUGUUUGUGUCUAAAGCGGAUCCAGGUGUUAUUGGUCAUCGGGAAACGGACGGUUUUUAAAACAUCUUGUUUCUUUCUUUCUAAAUGAAAAAAAAACAUACAGUGAAUUUAAUAGCAUCAUUAAAUAAAGACAGUCAUUGUGGUACGAAAUUGUAUGUAACCUACAAAACACCCUGCCUCUCAUCACCCGAUAAGCUGUGUGUGAAAGACUCAACAGUACGACUUACACAGCUGUCGUGGUUUGUAUUGAGAGCUGACUGGUAAUCGGGAGACUUUAAUAACCCUUCUGUAUUUCCAGCUUCUGUGGACCAGUUCAUCUACAAAUGUAAGAAUAUUGCAUAUUAUAUAAUCCUAUAUUACAUAACAUACCGUACUGUAUGACCUGAUGUCCAGUUACUGGUAAAAAUUGAUAAUGCGCAUUGUUAAGCUCUGUCACACACGAGCUAUUUCUUUUCUGAACGCACUGCACAGAAAGAUUAUUAUUAUUAUUAUUAUUAUUAUUAUUAUUAUUAUUAUUAUUAUACUGUCACUAUGUC